ACGUCUGCAGCGGUUCACGCGGGACUCUUUCAACGUGCACUGUUCUCAUACAAUUACAUAUUAUUCAUUCUGUCUUUAUUCAGUAUUUGUUUUUGCGCUUUUCAACAGUUUAUAGGGCAGAAAUCGCUCAGGUAAAGAUGUCAACGCAGAGACAGGUGAGAUGUUGACCUCUAAGCUGCUGACCCUGGUGCUGGUGGUCCAGCCGGGCAGGGUGUUGCUGGGCAUGAAGAAGAGAGGAUUUGGGGUUGGCAAGUGGAACGGGUUUGGGGGCAAAGUUCAGCCCGGAGAAACAAUUGAAGAUGCUGCAAGAAGAGAGCUGCAGGAAGAAAGUGGCCUCACGGUGGAUGCUCUCGAGAAGGUCGGAAAUAUCAAAUUUGAGUUUGUCGGAGAAACACAGCUACUUGACGUCCACAUUUUCAGAGCUGAUACUUAUAAUGGAGAUCCAACAGAGUCAGAUGAAAUGAGGCCUCAGUGGUUUGAAUGUGACCAAAUCCCUUUCAGUCAAAUGUGGGCUGACGAUAUUCUGUGGUUCCCUUUGAUGCUGCAGAAGAAGAAGUUUGUUGGAUACUUUAAGUUCCAGGGUCACGACGUGAUUCUCAGCCACAAACUGGAGGAAGUAGAGGAGCUCUGAGAUCACCCGGCUGUUGCUGAGGUUGUUUAUGACUUGGCCUAAAAACAAAACAUCAACCUUAAAAAUUUUGAUAUGAACUACCAAUAUCCCACUGUUCAAUGUUCUUGUCCGGUUUCAUUUGUGGGAGGAUAUUAGAUCCUGAGGAUCUUAAAGAACCAUGUUGACUGUACAGUGUUUACAUGUAAUUUAACAUCAGGAUAAAACUUUUUAUUCUUUGUCUGUUUUCAUCACAAACAUUACCAGCUGACAAAAUCAAAAAACAAAAUCAAAGCAGC